AUGGAGAAUUUAAAUGAUGUUGCGCUAUUCAGAGAAAAAUCAAGGUUUUUCCUCGGCCGUGCAAAGAUACAGCUGGCUAAUCUGAACUUUGAUCGCAACAUACAGCUUCAUGAAAAGGUACAUGUGGAUAAGUUAGUGGAUGUUUUCCGUGGAGAGGGAUGCCACCGUCUAGAUCCAUGGAACCAUGUCCCCGUGGCUAUUGACCGAAAUACACUCUCUGCAAGAUUGCGACUGGCUGGACUCGAUAAUGAUGAUCUUAUUAGAGAAGGGGAGCCUCCUUUACUUAGAUUCACGACGCCGCUUCGCGUACUCCAUGGAAGACGUCGUCUCCUAGCUGCUGAGGAAUACCUGUGGGACAAAUGGUGGAUUGCCGAAUUAUACUCUGAUGGUGAUUAUCAAACCACCUAUAUUAUAGUUCUAAAUAUUAAUCUUUAUGAAGACCUACCGGCCAAGCUGAAAACAUCUAUUUGUGAACAAUAUUCACAUUCGAGGCCAUUUUGUGAUGGCGAUAUCUAUCGCCAUAUUUUUAAAUACCAGAGAGACGGGAACAUUGACGAAGAAGAAAAAUGGAUACGCAGGCUAUCAAACUCUAAGACAAUGAAUGUUCGUCAAUUAAGAACCAAGUAUAGACGUCUCGCCAAUGGUUUUGACCGGCUGACUCCGUUUGUCGGAAUUUGGUAUCAAUUGCAUCUUGGCUGUUUAAGUCGGCUGCUCCCUGAUAAGACUCCUGAGGAAUUUUUGCAUUAUUUGGAGCGGAUGAGGCAUCAAUAUAGUUCGAUCAUGGGUACCGAAGAGCCCUUUCUGCUAGAUCCGAAAACAGUGUACUUACUUGAAACAAUGUUUCCUGCCCUUUCCGUUUCAGAUGCCGAUCAUAUAAAAAGGUUGAUGAACGAUGGCGUAUUAUUUCCCGCGGUGCAAUCACAACACCGUCGCAAGAAGCUGCUAGAUAAUAUUCUCGGGGUUAAGGGGCGAAUCUUAUCUUUCUAUACAUUCUUUCAAGACACCAUAUAUUUUGGGGCCUGCUCUAAAAUUCUUCGGAAUCUUCUUCCUCCGAAGUUUCAAGGGACAGUACGACAAGCCUUCUUCAAUAGCUAUCAGCAAGGCAUAAAUCAGGGAAGAAUACGACUACAGUCAUAUGGGGAACGUAUGCUUGACAGACCUGGAACAGAAGUCACUCAUGUACAACUAGCAUAUCGGCAACUAUACCUCGCUGCAAUGCGUGACUUUCCAAUUUUGAGUUCGCUUGCACCAUUAUGGGAUUCCAAAAAACGCAGGCCACUUAUCCAAGGCUCUCCUUCAGAGAGGUGGCAUCAGAUAGCAUCUCUCGCAUUUGUCUUGGGGUUCAGAACCGAUGAGAUCGCGAAACUUAUGGAAGAUGGCAACAACAAAGAAAUCAUGGCACGUGAAUUUCUAACAAAGAUCCGACCGGCAGAACUUUAUAUAGUUGAUGAAGGUCGUAAAGAAAGACUGGUGCAGUACAUUGCCAGGCAGAUCGAUGGUAUCGCCACUCCUCGGGUACUACGUCAAGAUGCCGAGUUCACCACCAAUGUUGAGGGUCUCGCAAAAGAACAACGCUGCAAUCGUCCAUAUGAUAGUGCCUAUAGACGUGAUAAAGAUUUCCUGUUUAUCAACAUUAUAUACGGUACACGAAUCAGGGCGCAGGCUUUCAUCACAUCACUAGCCAUACAGAGAGACAUUUUUAUCUGUUUCCUAGGCAUGUAUCCAAUUGAAGAUAUGGCCGAUGCAGAUUCGGAAGACGAGGUUGUUGAUUUGACUCGCUCAUCACCAUCUAGAUCGUUGUCUGACAAUGACUUGGAGCAUGAAAUGAUUGCUAUCCCUUCAGCAGAUUCUAAUGAAGGAUCAGCUUCCGAGGAAGCAACAGGACCUGGGGUACCGGGGGGGUCUGCAGUAGUAGCAGAUUCUGGAGAAGAUAAUUCUGAAGAGGGGGGAGGUUCUUGGCAAACAGCAGAAUCUGAAGUAGAUUCUGGGGAGGCAGACUUUAUCCUUCAUCUCUGGGACAAGAACGAAGGCGAGAAGUACAGAAACACUGAAGCACAAAGGAGAAUCUUUGAGAACACGGUCUGCGAUCUUGCAGACAAAGGCUACAGGUUUCUUUGUAUUGAUAAGACGGGCCAGGCUGUAACACAGAGUCUACAUAAACUGUGGGAGAAAGCUCUUGACACAAAAUUAAUCUUGGCUUGCCCUAAAGUUGAUUCUGGGAAUCCUGCAGAGAGGGUGCGAGACAUCCAGGGGUACCAGAAAAUUCCUCAGAUUAGAGCUUUGGGUAGCAGCCAUAAAGUCCACAUUUUUGAGAACCAUGGAGCUAGGGUUUUUCUUGAAAUCACCCGGCUCAAUGAUCUCCUUAAUCAUCCUUCCAAUUGA